CUCACCUGAGGCAGCCACAUGGGACUAAUGCCGUCCUCUCCUUCACAGUUUACACAUUGGUAUCAUCAAUGGGACCUGGGCUACAUAAAAGCAUGCACCUGAACUCCUCAGCUGUCAUUCAGCCAGUGCUGUGUGGUGGACCAGGCCUGAUCCAGACCUGCACGCGUCCACCUGCAGCGCGCUGCUCGCUGCCUCACUGCGGCGGGCUGACGAUGACUUGAAUGCUGAUUCUUGUGGAGAUCGACAAAGGACACGAGGAAAAAAGGAGGAGAUGAACCGUUUCCUGAGAGCCGGGGAGAACGGAGGGCUGCUGACGGACUGCAGGGAGCUGUCACCCAACCACACCGCCUCCUCCUCCUCCAUCACCUCCUCCUCCAGCGCCGCUGGCCCAGCCGACAGACACGCGGCCCUGCCCUCGCUCCAGACCCGGGGACCUGUCGGCGGCGGCAGCGGCGGGUCGGAGCCGAGGAGAUCCGCUCUUAAACGCAGCCGAGCCGGUCGAGAGGGACGAGAGGAACCGGAGGCGGCGGAACACUCAGCGGCUGCAGGAGAGGUGAGCGUCGGUAAGCAGCAGCAGCAGCGUCGGGAGGCUCAAGGACGCAGCGUCGGUGGAGAAGGUGUGGAGAUGAUUUCAGCGGUCAGCAGGGACGCGGACGGCGGCGGGAGCGGUCUCAUCAUCAUCAACAACAACAACAACAACGAAGUGCCCGCGGCCUCUCCUGCGACAUGCGCCAAAGGCAAGGAGGAGAGGAAGGGGAAGAACGUGAUCCGGGGCUGGAAGAGAGACCGGGACCGGGAGAGGGACGCCGCCGCUCCUCCUCCCGCCCGGACGAGGAAAGAGAAGCUCGGCGAUGGCUCGUCUCCUCCUCCGCCGCCUCCUCCUCCUCCUCCCUCCGCCGUCUUCCUCCCGUCGUGCGCCCUGCCCGAGCAUCCUCUCUGCCGUAACGGCGCCGGACACUGCCACUGCGCCGCGCAGGACUCCAGGAUCCCGGGAGAUAACGGCCACAUUAACAACGUCAACAGCAGCGGCAGCGGCAGCGGGAGUAAUAACAGCGCGCUGGAUUGUGGAGUUAAAAGCGGCGGCGGCGCUAUUGUUGUCAGGCGGCAGCAUGACGACACGCCGGCGGCCAAGAAACACAGAGGAGCCGAGAAGGUAAGCAGCUCUUAUUGUCUGGAGGCCAAUCAUAAGAAUAAGAAUAUUAAUAAAAGAAUCAGCAACACUGCAGAACAAACAGACGUCUCCUCACACAGCAGCCGUCCGUCUUUACAUCAAACACCUGCAGGCGCACAUUAAAGCUGGCAAACAUACAACAGAGAGGAAAUGUGUUUUUAUUUCUUUAUAUAUUCAGAGCACACACAGUGAAGUGAGAUGCAGGUGUGAAGGCCACAAAGAAGCCUGCAGACACACACGGGGCGGUUUAGAUGGACGGAGAUGGAGAUGCUGCUUGUUUCCUAUUGUUGUGGCCCAGCUGGUGUCAUUGUCCCGUCUGUCUGCUCUUAUUUAACAUGCUGAUGUACUGGGAUUGGGUUUUUUGUGUCUGUUGGAGGAGAGAUGAAGAGAAGAGGGAGUAGCACUCCAUCUCCUCCUCCUCCUCUUCCUCCUCCUCUUCCUCUCUCAGCACCAUUUAAUCCAGUCCUCCUAGCUUUUGCUGGAGAUUAAAGCCAAAAGAAAGAGAGCAACUAUUUAUACAUGUGAAGACUUAUAAGACGUGAGCGAAUGAGAAUGUAAAUCCUCCCUUCUUUUUCUGUGUUGCAUCUGCAGGCUGUUUGUUUGCUCUUUUCAUCUUGGGGUAGAAUACUGGACUCAGGUGUGCGAGCAUGGGACAAAACGUUUCUCUUUAAAGACAUCAAUCCUGCAGGUUGACAGGUCGGACUGCUGUGCAUUUGACGAGCCACUCUUCAGCUCCAUUUUCUAGUCUGUUAAGGGUCUAAAGGAGAUGUUGCCACUUGUGAAAUCAUUUUGUUUGGGGGGGUUAAAUAAGUAAUCCGCAUCCGGAGAGACAAAGAUGGAGGGAGUUUAUGGGAGGAGAGGGAGGAAUUGGACAUGACAGCAGAGGACACGGGCUGAGAGAGACAGAGCAAAAUAAAGACAGAUGGAGGAUGUCCGAAAGGAGUUUUUAUUUGUGGUGGAUGCAGGAUUAAGAAGAAAGCGAAGCAUCCUCCCUGCUGCUGGCAGAUGCUGCUGACAGGAGGAACGCUGGCCUGCUUUGUUUAUUUGUUGAUCUGAAGGAUUCCCAUUCGGCUGUGAAACACACACACACACACACACACACACACUCACCCUGAGCUCUGUGGUGACUGUCAUUCACUCUGUCAGCAGUGAUCUCGGCUGCACUGAAGCUGUUUAGUGUGAUGGUUGUGGAGCUUCACAAGCGUUGAAACACUUCAGACUGAGACUCAUUUUGACCUGAGUUUUGUCACAAUCGGCGGUGAGCUGGAAACAUAAUCAACGAUAAUAUAUUUAGUUAAAGCGGAUAUUGACAGUCUUACCCGUGUCUCUUCUGAAUGUUUAGCACAUUUCAGAUAUUCAAAACAACGUCAAGAACCAAAACUUGGAGGUUCACACUUCUUCACACUUCUUCAUCUUUGACCAGAUGUUCCCUUUUUAUUAAAUGUUAAUUUUCGACUAAUGUUUAACAAAAACACAUUUGAGUUUGACUUCAAAUUAGAAAAUAGGUUUUAUACAAAACAACAACUUUAUAUUCCUCAAUUAUGUUUUUUGUAUCCGUACAAAAGCUCGUUAUAUUGGACUGAAAACAGGCUUCUUAAAAUGUAACUGCAUUUGGAGAUGAAAAAUGAUAUAAAACAUGUUUUAUGUUGAGAAGACUCUCCACAGUUUUUACUGUUCCUGAAGACCGGCUCCUCUCACUACCUGCCUGUGACUGGUUCAGGUUUAGUUCACUAUAUUCAGAGUAAUUAGUGCCAUAAAAAGCCAAGUAGGAAGUAGUGUGAUGUGUCAUGGAGCCCGUCACCCUCCUUAAGGAGGAAGCAGAGGAGGAGGGUUGGGUCGUAUAGGUCUGACUACAGUUGGUGUAUUUUAAGGAUGAUGACCAACAAAUCUAUAAAGCAAACCUUCUGGAAGCUGCUGACAAACAACCUGUUGUGUUUGAGCAAGAAAUGAGGAUUUGUUGGAGAUACCAGAGAGAUACUUUAAGAUAAAAAGCAUUUCUUAAAGGUUUUUUGGCCAAAUUCUGAAAAAAUGCAUUUGGGUCAAAACUGUUUUGUUACAAAAGACUGACUACUUAUGGUUUAUUCUUUGUAUAUUUAAUACUUCUCAAAAUGUGUGCUUGCAGGAAGAGCACAGGUUCAACUACUGAUGGAGCGAAAGGUGAAGCAGCCGUUAUUAAUGCUGUUGGUCACAUAAAGCUCAACACGUUAUUUCUUGUUUCAGUGAUAUUGUGUCUGAUUGAAUGAUUGACAGUUCAGACGUCAACAUGAACCAUCUUUAUAGCUAUUAUUCUUUUUUUUUUGUUGGGAAGAUUGAAAUGAAUCAAUUCAAAUCACAAGUGAGAAUGUGAGAUUUUAUGAUGCGUUCAAUUUAAAUUGAAUCUCAAUUGGAUGAACUAGCUACACCCCUGCUGACAGGAGCCAAUGUGGAGGCACUGGGUAUAUGAAAUAGUCUGGAUAUUAAACAAAGCUUAUGAAUAAGGUUUAAUUAAAGAGAAGCGUGUAUUAAUUAUGUUUUACAGAGAGGGCCGAGGGCCUUUGUGCUCAGUCUUUUCAUCUGAUUUAAUAGAUCUGCUUGUAUUUUAAUCAAUAAAGCGGUCUACACAGUUGGGUCUUUUUAAAGUCUAUUUUCUUCUAUUUUAUAUGCACAAGUAUAGUGAAUGUGUGUUGGGUGACCUACACUCAAUAUUGUGCCUGAACGCAUCGUAGAGUCUGCUGGAACGUCAACAUGCUGAUGUUCAGCAGGUACAAUGUUGACCAUCUCAGUUUAGCGUGUCCGCGUGCUAAGUUAGCUUAGUUCCAAUAUCAUGGAAGCUGGUGAGACAAAAUACAAUCUAUUGGAUCACUGUGUAGCCCCGCCCCU